AUGCUGAGCCGCUGCUUGGCCGCGACGUUCUGUUCGAGCGACACGUCUGCCGUGGCGACGCUCCGGCGCUCGCUCCCCUCCAGCGACGGUCCCUCCAACAGCCACAGCAGUAGUAGCAGCAGCAGUAGCAGCAGCAGUAGCAGCAGCAGCAGUAACCGGUCGAGUACCCCCCAGCCGCAGAACCUGCUCGCGGGAGGGUACGCCCAGCGCCGUCCUCUGCCAAUCAAAUCGCCGCUUGCUGCGUUCAAGUCGCAGCUCGAAGGGACUCAGAAAGACUCGACUCCGACUCAGAUGUCGUCGGCCGAGGAGCACGAGUCGGUACAAAAACGAGACCGGGACGACGGCGACGGAGAGCAGUGUAGACGGGACGGGACGAUGGUGUUUGAGGUGGACCCCACAGCAGUGCAGCUCGGGCGAGAGAUUGGGAAAGGGGCGUUCUCGAUCGUCUACAUGGGCGAGUACCGUGGCCAGCACGUGGCCGUCAAGUGCCAGCCAAAAGACGCCGAAGGCGCCGUUCCUGUGUUUGUGAGGCGGGAAGUGGAGAUGCUGCGGCUGCUGCAUCAUCCGAGACUGUUGCAGUUUACAGGAGCAGCGGACCACGUCCGUGCCAAGCAAGUCUGGAUCUUGAGCGAGUACUUGAACAAUAGGGACGCGGAUUGGCUGCUCAAGGCCAUUCGGAGUGGCACGAGGAGCCACAUUGGCUGGCAGGCUAUGGUGCGGAUUGCACUGGAUGCGGCUCAGGGGAUGGAGUAUUUGCAGCAGCGACACUUUGUGCAUCGGGACAUCAAGUCGUCGAACAUCUUGCUGGACGAUCAGUACCGCGCGAAGCUCUGUGAUUUUGGCUUUGCGAUCGAAAUCAAGCCUGUGGAGGUUGUCGCCCAUGGAGAUGAUGUCGAUGUUGAUGUUGGUGGUGCUGGUAAAGAGCAUCGCAAUUUGUAUUGCGGGACGGAUGCGUACAUGGCGCCCGAGAUGUUUCUGAACGAAGACUAUGAUCAGAGCGUGGACAUUUUCAGCUUUGGUGUGGUGCUCAUGGAGAUGUCGUGCUGCCGUGUGGCCAACUCGGAUGGCUUCUUGAUGCGUCUUCCACAACACAAGUUCCAGGUGUCGUUAUCUGAGUUUCGUGCAGCUCUUCCAGCGUCGUGUCCCCCGGCGCUUGCAGCCCUCGCAGCGAAGUGUGUGUCGUUUGAACCAAGUGAGCGCCCUGACAUUAAGACUAUCGUGCGAACGCUCGACGGUGUGCUGCAAGACACAAGUAACAGGCCCCGAGACGUUGUGGAUCUGGUUCCCUUCACGCCAGAUGACCGUGAACCACAAAUUGAAGAGGACGAUGAUACUCACUUUGGUGAUGGCGACGAUGGCGAGAGUGAGGGCGAGUGUGAGUUUGAGGAUGACGAAGAGGAGGAGGAAGAAACUAACGAGGAAAAAGGUGACGACAGUAGCUACGAGUGGCAGGCAAACGCCCGUCCGAUCACAAGGAGCUUGGAGUUGGACGAAGACAGGAGCAGUGUGCGUUUGCCAGUGAUCGGCGAGCAGAUUUUGGACGGUAAGGGUGAGGAAUGCCAUAAGGCAGUCGAGUUCACCUCUCGAGGUUCUUAUCAUGAAGGAGUGAUGCUUAAGCGCAGCCGUCGCGGGAAACGUUCGUGGGUGGAGAAGUGGUUCAUCAUUGACCACGACCAGCUUCGCUACAUGGACAUUGCGCCGCGCAGGCAACAGCAGCACAGUCAAGAGGGACAUUUUCGGACAGUGCAACCCACUUCAUCGCUGUCGCUGUGUGGGUGCCGUAUCUGGAAAACGACGGAGAUGCCUGAACUGCAGUUCAAUGUGAUCGACAGCAACUGGAAGAUUAAACGCGAGCUCCAAGCGUUGUCAAGGCGUGAUCUCGACCUGUGGACGGAGCUUAUAAACCAAGCAAUCGACCAUGCCAACGACCUCCACGCGCGUGAGCACGACGGAGCAAAUGAUAGCACGACCGAAGCAAGCGCGAGUAGCAGCAGCCCAAGUCGUCCUAGUCGAAACAGGGCGCAUACGCUACAACUACCGACUCAAGGGCCGUCCAGGCGGUCGAGUGUAACAUCGGAUGCUACAGUUUUGCAGAAGAUAAGGCGCCGGAGCAGUGCUGCGAAAUUCGAAGUACCACCAGAAUUGCCUGAGACGGAAGAGGAUCGUUUAGACGAAGUCUAUGCUUGGCUCAAGCAGAUCGGCUUCCAGCGGUAUACGCGUAUGCUGAAAGCAAAGGGCUUCGAUUCGCUGGACUUCAUUCGCGAGACUGGUAUUGAAAUGGAAGAUUUAAAUUUUGUGGGCAUCAAGGAGCCCCUGGCUCGCAAAUCGAUUCGCUCGGCAGCUAGAAAACUGCGAGGCGAUGACGAUGAUGAUUGA